AUGCUGAGCCUGGGCUCGGAGGUGGCCAUCGCGGCCACGGGCGCGGCCAUAUUCGUCGUCUGCUCUGCGGUUGCCAUUGUCGUCUGGGUGAGAGUCCGCAAGGAGCGACAUGCAUUGAGGGUUCUCGGUUUAAGAAAUGGAGUGUAUACCCGCAGUAUAGGGUACACUGGGGAUACAUUGACUGAAAUAUCUCGGGAGGAAGGUCGUGCUCUCGGAGCCCAUGGCUACCUUCCUUAUGGGAAACCAACGGAAUGGGGUCAAGUCAACUCGACCGAGCAUCUCCUGCGGCCGAAGAACGGCUCAGAUUCGUCGUUCCCACUCCUGCAGAAAGCACGGUCACUUCGUCAUUCGCUUUCACGAUCCCGAUCAAAACGACUCUCAAGAUCAUCUCGGAGACAUAGCCGCAUGAGUUCGAUGGCAACUGUGGCUGAAACGAUCCUUCAUCAUAGUCCUCCGAGGGCCUCACAGUCAAGAGAUGAUAUUCCUCUCUCUGCUGUGGAAGGGGUCCUCGAAUUGCCAGCAGAACGAACACCUCGACAAACCCCUGAUCUAACUCUUGAGGAGCCAGGUUUUCACCUGGGAAUGCGUCCAGUGUCACCGCCAGCCUGGCCACUUCCUUCUCAAAAGGACAGAUCGGGUCUUUUCCCAGUCGUGGAAAGCCGAAACUCGCAGGAAAUGCUCGAUCCCCCACCUAGAAUCUUCGAAGAAUCCCCAUCAAGAAUUCGAGGUGGAAGCGUCACUAGUCAAGCACCAGGAAUAGCACCCGAUAAGCCUAUACCGCCACCACCACCAACUGCCUUCCCACCAGAUAGGCUCAGCUAUUUGAGGAACGACUCCAUUAUGCGUUUGUCUUCCAUGAGUCUCGAUACAACAAAUAGCUCAAUUCUGGACGAUGGCCGACAGGGUCCAAGGUCGCUUGAUACAGAGCUGACCUCACCAACCUUCCCAUCAGGUGGUACAUCUGUGCCGUUCAGUGCAAACGACGUUGGUGUGAAAAAUGGCCGCAGAAGUUUCAUCGCAGCCAAUACUUCGAUGCCUCCUCUUCACAACUUCCCCGUCCGUUCCUCCUCUUCCGCCGAAGGGCGAAGGAGACCAUCAAUGGAGCCUAUUGCUUCUCCACGCCGCAGCUUGACAACAACUUCUCGAAACCCAAGCAACGCUAGCGAUAAACGAUUUAGCUUCACUCCUAUUCCACGUCGACAUGAUUCGGUAUCCUCCAAUGGGCCACAAAGACAUCCAUCUGUACGAAGUGGAACGCCCGUUUCAAUGAAUGGAUAUCAGACUGGGCCAACAAUCAACUGGCGACAUUCUAACUCAUCUAUGUCCGUUGUUUCACAUUUCAGCCAGCUCCAACAGCCGGCUGUUUGGGAAGGCGAGCCUUACGAUGCUGAUCCUUUCUACGGUGGCUCGCCACACUCUAAUGGCACACUGUUCUCUACUGGAUCUCCCGGGCAGACGGUUGGUCCAAUGCCAGCAAGCCCAAUGCAACGGUCUAGCCUAUCCAUCCGCGGUCAGCCUCUGCCGUCCGCUUUGAAAGGUUCAAACUCGCAACGAAAGGGCCAUAGGCGCCAAAACUGUGUACGAAUCUCAAUCCAUCCGCCUAUGACAUUCGCUGGUCCCGCUUUCUCCCCCACGGUAGAAGAAGAGCCAGAGGAUCUUGAUGCAAUGGAGGAGCUGGAUCUACGUGAAAGUGCCAUCAACGGCAAUGUCAAGUCGCUAUCUUCUCUCCCUCCGCCCACAACCUCGCCAUCGCCUCUCUCAAAGCGCUCCAGUCGACGAAACAAGCCUGCCCAUAGCACAUUGGGACCCUUGGCCGAAGAGCCUGUAGCGUCGUGCAACAAGAGUCCCCCCAAUAGGAAACUUCAUGGUACAAACCCACAGUCCGACUCCACCAACUUGCUCGGCAAGGACCGUGACUUGCCCGAGCUUUUUACUUCGCUUCCAAAUGAGGAAGGCGCCUUGACUCAUACCCCCUCUCCUGAGCAUGAACUAAGCGUCUGGGCAAUCCCGAAAGAAGCUCCCUCCCCUUCAUACGAGAACCACAUUGCUAAUGGCAGUCCCCGCCGCACACCCCUCAAGGGCCCACGCAGCCAACCAGCACGAAGUGCCCGCAGCAACUCAACUCCAAAACCCAUGGACUCACUACCACUUAUGGGUGUUGGAUCAGCCACCGGCCUGCCUUUAAUAACCGGUACCCAAGGCAGCGACUGGCGGAGAUCAAAUGACACAUUGUACCGAACAAAUACCGACGCAACAAGCCCCGGCCGACGCAAUCGUGAUUCUCACACCCCGCUUGCUCUCAUUGGUGCCUCAAUAAUUCCUGAUACUUCAACUUAUAAGACUCGAAACCGGAGCGGAACCGUCAAGGAUCGUGUCACCAUUUGGGAAGAUGCGAACCGAAGUGGCUCACCUCCGAAGCCAUCUGCCGCACACCUCGCUGGGAACUUUACAUACUCUGAUAACGGCUCCUCGCCUACCCGUCUUCAAAACAGCAUCCCCAGGUCUCUCUCGAAAAACAGCCACUCUCCUUCCCGUAUGCCCAGCCAGCGAGGUCUACCAACGCCUUUGUCUUCUGUGCCGCGUGGUUUGACAACUCCGACAGGGAAGGCGCUUGGUCUUGGGAUUGGUACACCGGGCAGCUUGUACGAUGGUGAUGGAUUUCUGAGAGAGUAA